GUUGAAACGCGUUUAUGUCCAUAAAUUUCUUUAAUAUCUGAUCGCGUUAAUCCAUGUCCAUCACUGUAUGAUGUCACAAUUCAAAUCCAUAUAUUCGUAGUUGCGCAGGGAGAGUGACGAAGCAGAGAAGGUUCAUCCAGACGGGUUUUCUGCUCUCUCCCUCUCUCUGAAUUUCAUCCAGACGGGUUUUCUGCUCUCUCCCUGUCUCUGAAUUUCUUUUUCCCCAAUAUGUGAAGAGAUGUGUGCAGAAGAUUCUUUCGUCUGAACGGAUGUGUUUUCUUCUGUGUUUUCCCUUUCUGAGAUUAUGCAAAUUCCAUUUCGUUCCUUUUAUUCUUGAGGAACACCGACAAACCCCAAUACCCUACCACGGUUUCUGUUGAUUUCGCUCCAAAUCUGAGGAGCAAAGUGGGAGACAGCAGUCUGUCUCAUCUCCCCAGCCCCAAAAGUCUGCAAGCAGGAGGAGCCAACAUGGAUUCCUGGAUUAUCUUCUUCCUCACCCUCUUCAUCAUCUCCGUCUCCCUCAUCCUUGUCGGCCUCCCACAUGGAAUCGGCAAGAAGAAGAAGAAGAUCCCACCUGGCCCAAAAGCGCUUCCCAUCAUAGGCAAUUUGCAUCAGCUUGGCAUAAGAUUCAUCGAGCUCGAACCCAUUUUGCGCAAGCUAAGAGCGCAGUAUGGCCCCGUCUUCAGCGUCCGCUUAGGCCCUCGGACGGCCAUCUUCGUCGCUGCCCAUGACCUCGCGCACCAGGCCCUGGUUCAAAGUGGCGCAACCUUCGCCGGCCGGCCUCGAGCUACAGCUAUCGCCCGGAUCAUUAACAGCAAUCAGCACAACAUCAGCUCGGCCAGCUACGGCCCCUUGUGGCGCCUCUUCCGCCGUAACCUCAUGGCCGAGGUCCUCAGUCCCGCCCGAACCAAGUCCUUCGCGGAAGGCCGUGAGUGGGUGUUGACCCUUCUGUUGGGGAGGCUCAGGUCCGAAGCCGACGCAAAUGGAGGCGUAGUCGUCCCGGUGAGGAUCUUUCAGCACGCCAUGUUCUGCUUGCUUCUGUUCAUGUGCUUCGGCGAGAAGGUCGAGGACGACGUGGUCCAAAAGGUGGAAACCGCACUGCGCACUGCGCUUCUAGCCUUCGGGCGAUUCAACAUCUUGGGCAUCUUCCCCAUACUCCGCAAGGUCUUCUUCCGGCAACGAUGGCGCGACCUAUUGGAGAUCAGGCGGAUGCAAGAAGAGGCCAUCCUGCCCCUUAUCCGAGCCCGGAAAUCAGUAGACGAGAAGAAUCGCUUCUGCUAUGUCGAUUCACUCCUCUCUCUAGAGCUUCCCGAUGGCAGGAAACUGGACGAAGGGGAGAUGGUCACGCUCUGCUCCGAGUUCCUUAAUGGCGGCACCGAUACGACUUCUACGGCGGUGCAAUGGGUGAUGGCCAAUUUGGUGAAGGACCCCCAAAUUCAGGGGAAGCUCCACGAGGAGAUAAGGACCGUCGCUGGCAAAGACGGAGAGGUGAGCGAGGAAAGCGUUUCACGGAUGCCUUACCUCAAGGCGGUGAUCAUGGAGGCUCUUAGGAGGCACCCGCCGGGCCACUUCGUGCUGCCACACACAGUCACGGAGGAGGAGGUGAGUCUCAAUGGCUACUCCGUGCCCAAGGACGCGACGAUCAACUUCAUGGUGGGGGAGAUGGGGUUGGACGGGAAGGUAUGGAAGCAUCCUCUGGAGUUCAGACCAGAGAGGUUCCUGGCCGGAGGCGAAGGAGGAGACGUGGACAUCACGGGGAGCAGAGAGAUCAAGAUGAUGCCUUUCGGCGCGGGGAGAAGGAUCUGCCCGGGGAUGGGCCUAGCCCUGCUGCACCUUCAGUACUUCGUGGCCAACAUGGUCCGUGAGUUCGAGUGGUCGGUGCCGGACGGAGAGCCGGUGGACUUGACCGAGAAGGUGGAAUUCACGGUUGUGAUGAAGAAUCCAUUAAGGGCGAAGAUCGAGUCUAGGAAGAGAUAGAAUCUAUGGUGAUCGCCGUUCACAAAUAGUUUAUACUCUUUAAACUAGUGAGACAUGAUGAUUUAAAAUAUAUUAAGGUUCGAGCUUGCCGUCAGUGUGUUGGCAUAGGUAGUAUGUUUCAUAUAAUGGGCGUUGCCGUUCGCUGCCCAAGUAUCCUUGUGUCGUUUAUGUUGUAAAACAAAAAAAUGUGUGAAUAAAUGUCGUAUUAUUGGA